AUGUCAAAUUCUCCUAGUUCAUCAACAACACGUGCUUGUUCAAAUUCAAAAGAUAACACAAACGAUGUUGCUGAUAAAUACAGCACCACAUCUAAUUUUGUACGUCAUAUGAAGAGAAAACAUGAAUUUUUAUAUAAAGAAUGGUCAGCUAAGAAAAAUGUUAACAAUGAUAAUAAACAACGAAAUAUUGAUGAUAUGAUCAAACAAAAAACAAGUAAAUAUUCAUCAAUUGAUCCAAGGCAAAUUAAAUUAACUGAAUCCAUAAUAAAAGAUUUAAUAAUUGAUGUUGGUGUAUCUUUAUCACUGGUAGAACAAAAUGGCUUUAAAAAUUUUAUGCAUGUAGUUGAUCCAAUGUAUUCACUUUUAAGUCGUCGACAAA